AUGGCAAGAUACGCAGGGUCCAAAAUCGUUCUCUUGGCUACGAUGGCAAUGGGUUUGGGAUUUGCAAACUCCCAACAAGCCUCCAACUUCGACGUGCCGACUCAAGUCGCGGAAUCGCACUCUUGUGACGCCGUAUGCCAACAAAUAAUAGCCCAGAUGAAUGUUCUAGACUUAGGAACUUUCGGAACAAACUUCGACUUCAACUUCUACGCAACUGCUGCCAACUUUUUCGAAUCGAAGCCCGGUGAUCUACUCAAGGUAUUGCCUCUUAGCAAUUCCUCUGUCAUCUCCAAUGCCCCCGAAGGUGUAACAGCAUACAAGUUCCAGUACACAUCCGCAGCGUUGGAUGGUACACUUGUCCCGGUCACAGGGCUGAUUGCUUUGCCCCCUGCUGCAAACGAUUCGCGAUCUAACCUCGUCGCAUUCGCUCAUGGAACAACCGGCCUCUACCGAGGCUGCGCCCCCUCGACGUAUACUCGGCUUUUCAAUGACGAUGGGUGGCCGAGAGCUGUCGCAGCUGGCUAUGCAGUCGUAGUGUCCGACUUUGCUGGGCUUGGAAAUAACUACACAGAGCAUUUGUAUCUCAGCAAGGCACAGGCAAACGACGUCUACUACUCUGUCCUGGCGGCACAGAAGGCCUUCCCCCAACAACUGUCACAUAAAUGGGUUUCUCUAGGCCAUUCCCAAGGUGGUGGUGUCACCUGGCAGCUCUCAGAACACAAGCUCGUCCAGGAUGUCAGUAGUGGUUACCUCGGGGGUGUGGCAGUGGCUCCGCCAACCAAGCUCAGUGAUCAAUUUCAAUCUGCUCUGAGGAACCUCCAAAGCAACGCCAGUACUGCCGAUCAGAUUCAAACCUUCUUGACAACCAUCCCGCCGACAACUCUUGGUCUCCAGAGAUACUUCCCUGGCGAUUACGAUGCACCCUUACUGACGGAGAAGGUCAAGCAAAGGAUCGAGCUGGCAGGCAUUGGCCAGCUCUGUCUUUACGCUCUUGGUGGUCUCAUGCUGGACCUCACUCCCAACGACGUAUUCCUGAGUCUGAGUAACACAGAAGAUUCUCAGAUGCAGAAAUUCCAGGCUCUUAAUUCUCCAGCCCAGGGAGACCCUGCUGGGAAACCUCUGCUCGUCAUCCACGGGUCUUCGGAUAUUCUGGUGAGCCCAGAGUCUUCCAAAGCUUCUUUUGACGCCUCUUGCGGCUACGGCAAUAUCCUUCAUCGAACAGUUUACGAGGGACGAGACCACGGCUCAGUACUUAGGGACAGUUCUACCGAGUGGAUUCAGUUUAUUGCGGACCGUUUCGCCGGGAAGGACUUUGGGUCUACGUGUACAGAAUCUGUUGUGGGAGGUACUGAGUUGUAG